CUCUUUCUCUCUCUCUCUCCUUCCUUCAAAACACUUUAGAUCUCGGAUUACAUUUUCGUCUCCGUAGCUUUCUCUUCUCAUCCGUGUCCUAACUGAGAGACACACACACACACACAUACACACACACACACAUAGAGAAACACGAAUUGAAUUAACAACCUUGUUCGUUCCUUCUUUAUUUCUUUCUUUCAUUUUUUUUUUUCGAUUUUAGGGUUUUUGAAAUGGGUCUUGGUAACGAGGAGGAGGAGGAUAAUAUUAAUAAUAAGAAUAAUAAUAAUAAUAAUAAGGUGGUGGUGGAUGACGGAGAUGGUGGAGGAGGCAAUUCGUGCGGUCCGGUGUCUUGCUCAAUAUGCCUCGAUGUCGUUACCGAUAAUGGAGGUAGAUCCUGGGCUAAGCUUCAAUGUGGCCAUCAAUUUCAUCUCGAUUGCAUUGGUUCAGCAUUCAAUAUAAAAGGAGUAAUGCAAUGCCCUAAUUGUCGGAAGAUUGAGAAAGGUCAGUGGCUUUAUGCUAAUGGUUCUCGGUCAUAUCCAGAAUUUAACAUGGAUGACUGGACGCAUGAUGAGGACCUUUAUGAUCUUGGCUACUCUGAAAUGUCCUUUGGAGUUCACUGGUGCCCUUUUGGCAACCUGACACGGCUUCCAUCAUCUUUCGAGGAAGGAGAAUUUUCACCAACUGCAUAUCAUGACAUACUGGGACAACAAGCUACUAUAUUUGCUGAACAUACAGCCGUAUCAUCUGCUAGUCAUCCUUGCCCAUAUAUUGCUUACUUUGGACCAAUACAUCCAUCCUCCUCGAAUUCAGGUGGAACUGUUUCAGAACCUUCUAACUUCAAUCACUGGAAUGGCUCAUCUGUGCCUAGUGACAUGCCAACCUCCUACGCAUUUCCUGCUGUGGAUCUUCAUUAUCACGGUUGGGAACACCAUUCUCCUCCUUUCUCUACAGCAAGUAGUCGUCUAGUUGCUGCUGAUCAGACCUCAGUAUCACCUGGUAGCCAAAGGCCAGCCAGGGGUGGUUCGGAUGUACCAAGAUCAGGAUCUUUUAUGCAUCCCUUCCUUGUUGGUCACAGUUCUACUGCUAGAGCGGGGAGCUCAGUUGCUUCCUCAAUGAUCCCUCCUUAUCCUGGUAGCAAUGCUCGGGCCCGUGAUAGAGUCCAGGCUCUUCAGGCAUACUAUCAACCGCAGCAACCUCCUAAUUCAACUACAAUGCGGACACCUAUUGCUUCUGGAACCCGAAGAUCCAGCAGUCACAGUGGAUCAGCUCAAUUAGCACCUGUGGCCACAUCACCAGACCAAACUGGUGGCUUUUUUGUUAUCCCAUCAAGUUCAUCGGGACGCAAUUUUCAAGAAGAAAACCAUCUAUCAAGUCGAUUCCAUGCUUGGGAAAGAGACCAUUUGAGCCAUGUUGAUAGAGAUUCAGGUUGGAGGGCAUACCACCAGGCCACCAGCAGGUCAGACCCAGGUAACAGGUCCAGCAGCUUUCGUUCAAGGCAAGGAUCAGAUAGGAUGCCUUCACAAAAUCGGUAAUACACUUAUGUCCCGUUCACUGUGAAGCAAACUACCAUUACUAUGGAAAAUCAGAACUUAUGUAUGCUUUGAGAAAUGUUACAUAUUCCUUUGGGGCUUUGGCCUUUGGGUCUGCCAUGUUAUGGCAGACUAUAUACUCUGGCUGGCCUAGGAAUUGAUUUUUCUGGCAGCCACGUGGCAGUGUGAUGGACAUUUUCUUCCUCUAUUUUCUUUUCCUUCGAGGGCAUAAAAUAACAUGUUAUCUAGUUGGGGAAAUCCGGUUUUUGGAAGAAAUACUUUGGGCGUUGUCAUUUCAAGUGAUAAAUCAAGUGGAUGGGCGGCUGUGGUUGGAUUUGUUAGUGGGUCAACGAUUUAUGUUUGAUAAGGACCAUGAUGCAAAUGCUCUGUAUUGAGAGUAUACGAGUAAUUUUACCUCUAUCCUAUGGCAAGAGUGAUUUUUAUACUGUUGUGCAAGAAUUGAACCAGGGUAUGGAACUCGCAUGAGAACUGCCAUACCUAGGAAUAAAUGUGGUUCAUUGAUAUGGUUUUAAAAAUAA